AGCUGUGAGGGCAACUCAGAACCAGCAGCAUGUCAGACGGGCACGUCCGAGAAGGAGAAAUUCAAAUCAUCCGAGCCCAUCUCAUUGAGUCAGGUCGUUGGUAAGGCGGGCCUGUAUGCAUUUGAAUGUUAGGAAUCGACAUCCGGCUUCGAUUUGGCUUUGCAGCCCCGCAGUUGGUUCUCCGCGAGAGUUCUUUACAUCCACGACGCGUCGGGACCGGAUUAAUCAUCUGACAGACCACAAAGCAAACACGGAGAAAGCAAAGCGGGCGAGUUGUCUGCUCGUCUGCUCGUCUGCUCGUCGGUGUCCGAGGCUCCUGCUCAUGCACCAGCUUCCGCAUUCGUUCCAAGAACAGAUCCCUGGGUCCCGCCAAGGGGCACCAGGCGGAAAAUGCGUCGAUGCUGGCCCCAUCCCUGGGGCGGGAAGCAACGUUAUGCUGUCAUCAGCCUCAGCCCUGAAAGUUUCUUGGGCUUCUGUGGCUCUUUUCUGCAUCGAGCUUGUCCUGGUCAGACACACUUCAACAUCGGCUCGACUCAUCUUGAGAAAGGCAAUGGAAGCAUGCUUUUCCUUUUGCCCGACGCACAGAUGGUCGAGUCGGAGAGGGAAAGUGGCGUUGUCUACGGAUGAAAUAUGCAGUCAAGAGAUGGCAGAUGAGGGAAGUUUGGCCGUUCCCGCGUACUCUGAUUCUGGCAUUUUCACACUACCAUACCAUUCAGGUUCACUCACGCCGCACGCCGCCCCCUAGGAUACCUCUAGGGUGAACAAAUUCAUCUGGUAUUAUCACCGAGGCCUAUGUCGUGAUGGAGAAUAUCGGCGUAUCUGAACGAAUAGCUCCGCACACAUAUGCCCCGGGUUCGUGUCCCGUCUUCUUGUUGUUGAAAUCCUUGCAUCGUCAUACCUGAGGCUGGCUAUAAUCUCCUCGGAUCUUUCGUAGGCUUGAUGCCUUAACUUUGCACCUAGGCUCGGAUACGUAUCCUGCUGUUUUGUGACUGGUCAAUUUGCCCCGUCACUCGCGCCGUUUGAGUCCCCGGUCACUGAGGUAAGGUUCUCCGUACU